GAACAUGACCAUGGAUAUCCCAUUGGACGAAGCAGAGUUUUUAACGGAACGUGUGAUUGCUGCUAAGGAACCAGUCACCUACCAUACUUUCUCCAAAGAACGAAAUCUUCACCAUGACCAAGCUAAACAGAUUCUUUACGAAUUUUAUAAAUCCAAUCGAGAUCAAGUGACCGGGUCGUUUAUCAUAACUGGUACUUCAAAUGAAAACACAACCUUGAUUAAGUUAUCGGAGAAUGAAGCACAGUUAGCGGAAAAUGUUAAAUUGUUUUCAGCCAUUAACACCAUACAUAUUUACUGUAUUCACAUAAAAGAUAUAGACAAAACCAAUGAAGAAAUAUCAUUUUUAGAAUUGAAACAUUUGAUUGACCAUAACAACUUAGAUCCGAGCUAUAAGAAUGGGCUCGUCAAGGGGCCUGAAUUGGUUGUUGUUAAAUCAGAACCACGGAGAAUGAAAUCAAAUACCCCAUCAACAACUCCAAGUACAUCCAAUACACCUACUAAAUCCAAUGAUAAAGAAACAAAACCUAAAAAAACUACUGGGUUAACAUCAGGGUAUGUUUCAAGAAAACAACAACAGAAUGAAGCCAAACAAACUUCAAAAAGACCUCAAACUGAUAUACUGGCAAUGUAUACUAGCAGAAAAGGCGAAUCGAAUAAAGAUAACCAGACUAAAAGAGCAGCUACUACCUCGUCUGGGUAUCAAUACAAAUCUAGAAAGUUGGAAAAUCAACCAUCGAAAGAGCGAGUUGUUGUAUCCAAUGUAGAUGAUAAUGAUGACAUGGAAGUUGAUGAUGUUAAACCAAAAACGCAACCUAAGACUAAUCUUCAAGAGCUAUUUUUGGACGACGAUUUUGAAUUCAGUGAUGACGAUGCCUCCAAUGAUAAGAAUGGCAAAGAACAUGAGAAACAACCUGAAAAAGAGUCCGAAAAGGAACCCGAAAAGGAACCCGAAGAAGAACUUGGAGCUACUGAAAAAGACAUACCAGAACAAGAUAAAGAGCCAAGUGAACUACAAAACGAUGAAACAGUUGAACCGGAAAGAGAAGCAGGUUCCUCCGAAAAACAGGAGUCAGAAGAACCAGAGACAAUUGUUGAUGAAGAUGGUUACAUUACUUCAUACAGAAAGAAACCUGAACCAUCUAAACCCAAACCAACUUUGGCAAAACCAGAGCCUGCCAAAAAACCAUCAAACAACAGUAACAAGAAGGCAGCCUCAAACUCCAAGAAACAAUCUUCAUUGAUGAAUUUCUUUCAGAAAAGAUAGUUAGAC